AAACGUCAGAUAGGUACAGGCACCAAAACAUAGCAAUACGUGCGUUUCGAGCUUCAUAGAUAGAUAUGCCAUGCCAGAUCUAUGUUUAGCUGUCAAAUAAAAAAUGAUGUUCGAUUUUCGCAUCUUGGAAUAUGUAUAAGUUGAAAAAUUACUGUGAUAGUGCAAGAUUAGAAAUCGAGUACAUGUUUAUUCGCGGAUGUACUUGUAGUUUAGGUGCUCGUGAAAUGUGUUCUCGUUUAGUUCAUUAUAGUUGCGUGUUUUUUCGUUCAGUAUGAGAGCGGUUGUAAUAAUUUUUACAGUGUUUUUCGUCGUUCAAUCGCAAAAAAUUGAUUCGCAAAGAAAUGUUACCGAAAGUGAACGAAUCGUGUCGGAUUACAUUGAAAAGAUUUGUAAAAGUGAAAAAACGUGUCAUUUAUUGAAUACGGUAAAUGCUUCUUUGCAAACGUUGAAUACCCGAAACUGUAUGUGUGAUGAGAACUGCACACUUUAUGGGGAUUGUUGCGAAGAUUCCCAGCACAUUAACCAUAAUAAAACGUAUAAAUUGGAGUAUUUUUACUGCCCUCCUGCCGAGCGAGUUUACAUGAAAACUACGUGUCCGCCUAAUUAUCCAAAUCAAAGCGUGAAAUCCAAAUGUGAAAGCUCCAUGAAAAGCUUGCAAAAUGAGAAUAAAAAGCUGUAUAUUCCAGUUACCAAUGUGCAGAAAAAUAUCACAUAUGGAAACGAAUAUUGCGCUGUGUGUAAUAACGAGUUCGUUUACAUAGCGUGGAAUUUGACAACUCAUUGCUCACCGAUAACGAACAACGAUCAAAUACCAUCAACGGAGAAGACUCAACAGUUUGUAUCCAGUACAGAAAAAAUGUCCGCAUCUACACCCGAUUCUCAAUUUAUAGAUUAUCAUAAGAUGAACUUGGAAGAAGCGAAAAAACGCGUUCGAUUCAACUCCACUAGUAAAACUUUCUUCAGCGAGUAUAACGGUACGAAAUAUGAUUGUUGGUAUAAGCGACUGAAACCGGCGGAGCUGGAGCCUCAUUUUCGAGAUUGCGUGUCGACAAUUUCGAAUUGUAGUUUGAAAAAUAGCACAUUUGUAAAUUUAUGCGAUUCGUCGCAUACCUCGAUAGUGUACGACGAAUUCAAAGACGAGGCUUAUAGAAAUAAAUAUUGCGCGUAUUGUAACAAUAUCACCAGCAAUUUACGCGGCUGUUUUGAUCCAGGUACUAGAAUAACAGGAUCAUCAAUAUUUACCACUUUCGACAAAGGACAGGGACAAAAGCCGCCUUGUAAUAACGCCGAUGCCAAAGUGAAAAAUAAGUUUUGUUAGCAGCCUACCUAAUAACGACCAACAGCAUGAAAAUAACAACACGGUCUAAAUUAAAAGAUAAAAAGAAAAUUCAUUGCGGACUUGUUGGCUUUCUAUUUCAUGUCAAUUUACUGCUACCUAGUACCUACUCGCCCACCUAGCUAUACCUUACCUUUGCCAUUUCUUUGUUCUUUGUUUAAUUUCGCGUACUGUUAUAAAUUUAAAGAGGAAACGCGUUUCUGAAAAAAUGUCUACCCGGUUUGUGGUCAUUUUCUUAUUGUUUGCGACUUGACGUAUAUUUUUGUGCAAAUUGUACUCGUAAUUUAGCUCAUUUGGAGAGCAUCGUUUUCUCUCAUGCAUAGGUAGGUAUACAUUUGCUAUACCGAUUAAAUUAAAUUUCAAAGUUGACAUUUACCUACUUAAAAAUGUAUGUAGGCUGCUUAGGUACCUACCUACGUUUAAUGGCGUGGUAUUUUUUUUUCAACGCGUAUUUUGAUGCAUGAAGAUGUGUUAAAAGUCAUGCACAUACUUAUGUACUUUUAUGGAACAACCAUUCAAAAUGACGAAAAAAAUAAAAAUUAGACCGAGUUUGUUAGUUUAUAAAAAGAUCUAAAUCAUGACCUGCUAAUCUGAAUGCUCUAUAGGGUAGGAGUAGGUAUUCAUACGUGCAGUGGAAUUAUACAAAGCAUCAAACAUCAUAGGAUGUAUAACAUUUCCUCCUUACGUAGGUGUUUAAUACCAACUCAUUAUGUUUUUCUCGCCCAUAAGAAAAGAGAAAAACGAGGUAAUGGUGAUGAAGUAACCUCUUAUACUGAAGAGUGAAGAUAUUCGUAAUUUUGCCAUUCAGAUAGGUGUACAAAAAUUGUGUCAAGUACAACACACUAGACUAAAGACUGUUCAGGGGUAAAUUAUUAAACUUCCUUUAUUUAAGUACUUAAUAAUGAUGUUGGAAAAAUCUGUAUUGAAUAUAUGUACCUAUCUUAUCGUAAUAUUGAUAAGCUUAUCAAUCUCCAUGAAGUUUUGAUAUCAUCAUAAAUAUUAUUACAUGUAAUUUUCAAACAAUCGAGAUUUAAAGAGGAGGCUUUCAUUCUUCAUUUUUUAAAAAAAAAACUUUUCGUAAAAAAAAAGGGCAUUCGAACUAUGUGAUUUUCUUUCUUUUCUGCUUUCAAAUGUGAAGAACAUCAAAAUAAAUUGUUUUCAAAAAGGUGUAAA